UUGGCUUCCCUCCUUCUACCAUCGGGCAACCCCAACUCUGAAAAUUUGGCAGAGCUUUAGUAUCAUUAUUUCGCCGUAUGAUUCUAGAAGCGGAUGUUUCGAACGGCGUCUGAAACUUGAAUUAAUUUUUUUUUAUUUACUCCUCUUUUUUUUCCUGAACAAAUGGUCAGGAUGUCGACUGUAUCACGGAGUCAUCGUCAACAUUGUUACCUUUGCGACCUACCUCGCAUGCCAUGGGCUAUGUUGCAUGAUUUCUCUGAACCUGUCUGCCGGGGCUGCGUUAACUACGAAGGGGCUGAUAGAAUUGAAAUAGUGUUGGACAAUGCUCGGCAAAUGAAACGGGCCCAUAGUUUUCAAGAAAGUCCCAGACAACAACAGCCAUCAUUCAAAUCCUCAGGUGGACAGAGGACAUCUGUUUCACACGAAGGGGGAUUAAACGGAGUAGCAGAAGGAAUUCUUACUCCACCACAUAGCGUUCCUGGUACACCACAUGCUACAGUGUCACGUUCCCCUGUACCAGUCGAACGAUACAGUAGUCAUGACAGUCGUCAAGCUAGGGCUAUGUUGGAAUUUAAUGGACAAAGGCUUCAUCCUCACAGAGUGGAAGCUACUGUAGACGUUGUGUCGGCCCACGACACCUCCGUCUUGAAUCGGGGCAGCCCUAGUUUGGUAUCCCGUACACAUCCCGUUGCGCCCCCGCCUCUGCCACCACCGGUACCUCACUUGCCUCUGGCGGCCAGACAGAACUCAAAUGCCGGGAAGCGUACUAGUUCUGAACGGGACGAUGAAGAUGGGGCGCACCCCACUGAAUCUAAAAGACACAUGGUUGUAGAAGAACACGGACGACCGCCCCUUACUCGGGGUGAGUCUCUGCCUGCUGCCGUUAUGGGAGUGCCAUUUGAUGCUCGAUUUAAAAAAGAACAUGCCAUGGUGGGAAGGGUUUUCUCUUUUGAUCAAGCUAAUCCAAACAUGAAAGCAGCAUUCAAUGCCGUAAGUUCCGUUCCAACCUCAGUCACAAGCACAGUUUCGCCUCUUGGUAACCGUACUGUAAGCCCACCUGAAGGUACUGUUGUUGCUGUUCAAUCUGGUGGUCAAACACCCAUGGCUGCAUUAAUGUCUGUAGCUGAUAGCCUACCUCCAGGUUCUCCAAGAAAUGGCAUUGCGGAAGGUACUGUCAAUGGAACAAGCAGACCAGGAUCUGCUGCUAGACACUCGCCAAAUGCUGUCGCCAAUGGAAAAAAGAAUACUUCAUCUGCUAGGUCUACAACCUCUGUUGAACCAGACAGUAAUACUACUACUUCAUCAACUGGAGCCGCAGCCACCACAACGACCACUACCAGUGGUGAUGGUGUGACCUCUGCACCACCUCUUAAAUGCACUCUUUGCAAUGAACGCUUAGAAGAUACACAUUUUGUCCAGUGCCCUUCCGUUCCAAACCAUAAAUUCUGUUUCCCAUGCUCCAGGGAGAGCAUUAAGAGUCAAGGUGCUUCAAGUGGUAACGAAGUUUACUGUCCUAGUGGAGAGAAAUGUCCUCUUGCUGGUUCUAGUGUACCCUGGGCUUUCAUGCAAGGUGAAAUAGCUACCAUUCUUGGGGAGGAGCAGUUGAAAAUCAAAAAGGAGAGGGAGUCUUAAAACAACAGAUGAAUGCAUUUAGGAUCCUGAUUUCCUCAUAAAGUUGUCUUGUUGCCCGCAUUCAUGGCAGCCAUUGAUGUUAGUGGCUUGUUUACGAACCAGGCAUCCCUCCUGUCUGCUGCAAAUAAAAUAAUCCUUGGUUGGAAAUGAUUCCUACAAUCUAUUGUGGCUGUUGUAGGUGAAAACUGCAGACGUGCCAUCUGGGGAUUCUGCUUCUUAUUGGUGGCAACAGUUGAAACAAAGUUGGCCAUAUUAAAUAUUAAAAAACGAAAUGGUGGAUUAAGUCCUGUUGCUCAUUUUCCUGCCGUUGCUGAUUUCAGAACAGCUUCAGUAUCAGUUUUGAAAGUAGUAGAUAUAACUAAAUGUUUGCUGCAAAUUUCGUUAUGCUGCUUCUUGCUCGUUUUUUAUUUCGAGUGGUGCAGUGUCUUUCUCAUGCUCAUCUUUAAUUUUGUUUUUGUCUCAUUCAUGUACACUACUUGUCUUUAAAAAUAAACUUUCUUGUCAUUUACUUAAAAGGAAGCAUCGAUGCCAUUAUUUUUUCACCCAAUUAGUUAUGUAGCCUCUGGGAUGCGCAUUUGAAAUAUAGAAUGAUUUUGCCAUUUGAACUAGAGUAGGUUUAGUUUUUAAACAAAAAAGUGCUUAAGUUGUUGUCUCCUUGCAGUGUUAUUUAGCAAGGUAUAAUUAUCCUGUGUAUUAGGAUAUGUAAGUGUCGUUAAAGUUUUAGUCUAAUGUGUAUGGUAUUGUGCCAGUGUUCAUUUCUCUAUCUUGUUAACCACCAAUUAAUAACAUGAUUGUCUGUAUUUGUAUUGUUAAUUAAACAUAUACAUGAUUAACUGGUAGAAAAUAUUUUUUGAUUUUUGAGUUGUUUAGCUGAGCCUGAAUUUUUUGAGUAGUAAAAGAUAUAUUAAGUUCCUAGGUUCAUUUUUUUGAUAACGUAUGUGUAGAUUACAAUUGUUGAUUAAACAUGUACAUGGUUAUUAGUUAGUAAAAGGGAUUAAAUUAAUUAAGCAUUUUAACAGAUGUUUUUUUUAUAUAUAUAUUUUUUUUUAAGUUCGAAUAUCAAAAAAAAGGGGAAGUAUGUCAAAAAGCUUUGUAAAUAUUUAAGUUCCUAGGUUCAUCUUUUUGUUUGAAUUGCAUGUAUUUUUACUUGUUACAAACUGCACAAUGUUGAUUUCAUAGAUUAUUCAUACUUGUUAGAUAUGUACAUAUUGAAAAUUUUAUGUUUUAUUCCUAGCAAGAGCUUUAUAUUCUCCAUGGAGAUUGUGUUGUUAACGUUUUUUCAGCCUUGGUGUUAAUGUUUAAUUUUUUUCAUUGUUUAAUUAAUAAACACAUUUUUAAAGUUAUUGAGCAAGUGUAUAUAAAUGUAAAGUUUUUUUUUUCCUUCUCAUGUAAAUAAAUUAUGUAAAAAGUUGUUUUUGGCUCAGCAAUUAAACGUGUCACAGUGACUAUAAAUUUGUUGAUGAAAUAACUACCCCUAGUCACUGCUUUUUAGUGAAAUUUAGUUCUGUAAUACAUUUAAUUGUUAUUGGUGUUUCAUAAAUUGCACAUCAAAUUGUAUCAUCUAUUUCUGCUUACUGUCCAAAUGUAAAUAAAGUACUACUCAAUUUUGAAA